AUGGACGAGUCGUGGAGGUGCACGAUGGGCUCGGUGCUGCCGCGGCAGCGGUCGUCGGACCAUCACGCCGGCGGCGGCCCCCAGAGCCUGGACCCCGACUACUUCCGGGACGUGUACGGCGGACCGCCUCGCACCGUGCUCCUCCGCAGCUUCGGCGGCGAGGCGGUUGACUACCACUCCCCGACGGGCCACCAGUACACGAGCUACGGCGGCGCCGAAGCCUUCUGUCGCCGGCCCUACGCCGACGGGCGCGCGGCGGCCGUGCCCACGGAGCAGGGCUUCUUUGACGACAUCUUCGGUGCCCGUCGUCACAUGAGGUCGAGGUCGAGGUCCAAGUCCAAGUCAUCGUCGGCGGUCAGCUCCGACGAGUUUCCCUCCGCCGGCUUCUGCCGGCCGGUAGCCACCGGCGGCGGCCGCGCCGACGCCACGCUCUCCUCGUUCACAUCUAGGCUCAGGCCGGUGACGAUCCCUUCGCGGCGGUACGACUCGUCGCCGCCGUCAUCGACGUCGACGAGAGGGGAGUACCAGAGCAGCUUCACGUGCUCGACGGCCGCGUACCCGGCAGCUCGCUACUACUACGGCAGCGACGCCAAGGCCGCCGGCAGCAGGUCGAACCACAGCAGAGCCGGCGGCGGCGGGUCGGCGGCGGCAACGCGCCACCACCGGAACCACCGCGGGGGCAGCAGCUUCUGUUGCUUCACGUCGAACCCGGAGACCAGCAGCAACGCACCGAGCUUCCGGCAGGCCGCACGCGGGGCGCGGUCGCCGGCCGCCGAGACCACCAUCACCGACUACUCCGGCGCCGACUACGGGUACUACUACUCGCCGCCGUCAGCCACGUCGUCGUCGCUCUUCACCAACCCGCUGGCGAGGACGCCGCGGCGGCUGGAGGAGGUGGUGAUGGAGGUGAGGGAGCGGGCGCCGCUGCUGAUGGACGACGGCGGCGACAUCGACAGCGUCGGCGCCGCCGCGGUGGAUGAGGCGAUUGCAUGGGCCAAAGAGAGAUUCUGGAGCCAGGCCCGUUAA